UGACGUCAGGCCGUCAGGCUGUGUUGAUGUUUUGGGGAAAAGACGCUUUUUGUUUUUGUUCCACCGAACCGUCGAGCAGAACCGCGCCGCCGCGUCCGUGCCCCGCUACGGGUCGCUAAGCGCCUUAGCACGGCGACCGGAGGCCAGCGCCCGCGCUGGAGGCCGAGAGGACCGACACAUUUGCCUGAACCGCGGAGCAGCGCUCCCCCCCGGACCCCCUCCCCGCUCCCGCUCACUCCACCAUGACGAUCCUGCCCAAGAAGAAGCCCGGCUCCGGGGUCGGGGUCCCGGACCACGCCGAUGACAGCGACCGCCGCAGCGGCUCCGACCCGCACCAGCACCCGCACGCGGGCCGGGCCGGAGCCCGGCCCCGGGCGUCCCCGCCGCCCUGGUCCUACCAGCCCGCUCCGCCCUCCUCCAGGGACGACCGGCGGAGCAUCGAGGCGAGCUCCCGGCCGCAGCAGGCCUCCCCGCCGCCCGCCGGCUCCGGCCCGCCGGCGGGGCCGGGCGACGGCCGGGACGGCAGCGGCGGCAUGGGGGCCGGGUCCCGCGGGGAGAUCGUGGUGUCGGCCGGCGUGGUGGGCUGCGGCGGGGGCCUGGGCGGCUGCUGCUCCGGGCCCGGGCUCAGCAAGAGGCGGCGGCAGGCGGGCAGCUGCUCCGGCGGGGUGGCGGCGGCGCUGGCCGGGGGCGGCCAGCCCGGGGCGACCGGCCCGGGCAGCGUGGGCUCCAGCCAGGACACGGAGGAGGGAGCCGGCAACAACAGCGAGGACGAGUACGAGAACGCAGCCCGCCUGCAGUCCGUGGACCCGGCCACCGUGGAGCAGCAGGAGCACUGGUUUGAAAAAGCUCUGGGGGAGAAGAAAGGAUUCGUCAUUAAGAAGAUGAAGGAGGACGGAGCUUGUCUGUUCAGGGCUGUGGCUGAUCAGGUGUAUGGAGACCAGGACAUGCAUGAAGUGGUGCGGAAACACUGUAUGGACUACCUGAUGAAGAACGCUGACUACUUCUCCAACUACGUGACAGAAGACUUCACCACAUACAUCAACAGAAAGAGGAAAAACAAUUGCCAUGGCAACCACAUCGAGAUGCAGGCUAUGGCCGAGAUGUACAACAGACCGGUGGAGGUGUACCAGUACAGCACAGAGCCGAUCAACACGUUCCACGGCAUCCACCAGAACAACGACGAGCCAAUCAGAGUCAGCUACCACCGCAACAUCCACUACAACUCAGUGGUGAACCCCAACAAAGCCACGAUCGGGGUGGGACUGGGGCUGCCUGCCUUCAAACCCGGGUAUGCAGACCAGUCUCUGAUGAAGUCGGCCAUCAAGACGUCAGAAGAGUCAUGGAUCGAGCAGCAGAUGUUGGAGGACAAGAAGAGGGCGACGGACUGGGAGGCCACCAAUGAAGCCAUCGAGGAGCAGGUGGCCCGGGAGUCCUACCUGCAGUGGCUGCAGGACCAGGAGAAGCAGGCCAGACAGCCCCGCAAGGCCAGCGCCACCUGCAGCUCGGCGACGGCGGCGGCUUCCAGCGGGCUGGAUGACUGGAGCGCCAGGUCACCACGGCAACGAGACGCCGACCCCUCACACUCUGACCUCACGUCCGCCCCGUCAACCCACAACAAGCCCCCCUCCCCCGCAGGAGCGGCCCUCAUCCUGAGUAAACCCCCCUCGCCCUGCGCCCCAGGUCCCAGUAAUCAGAGUCGUCAUCACUUGGAGUACAGAGCCAUCAUGCAGGAGAUGUCGCCUACAGCGUUUGGUCUGACAGACUGGGAGGACGAUGAAAUUCUGGCGUCGGUGCUGGCCGUCUCCCAGCAGGAGUAUCUGGACAGCAUGAAGCACCAGAGCGCCGCCACCGCCGCCAUGCACCGAGAGAGGGAGCCGUCGCCCGACAGCAGCUGAUACCUGAGCGUCUCACACACUCACGCACACCCGCCUGACCCUCACUCAGAGCUCCAACAGGGAAACAAAUAAAACACCCAACAAAGACGCAGCAUUUUUUUUAAUUCAUCAGCUUCCUCUUCCUCCUUCCUGUCUCACUUCCUCUUCCUCCCACUUCCUGGUACCUCUGACACGGAGCUCGUCUUCAGGCUGGUCCGGGAUCAGUCGUCGAUCUCAACGUUAUUAUUGGCAGCUUCCAGCAGUUUGAAUUUUAACCCUUUUGUGGUCACAAUCAGGCAGUUAGCUCUGUGGCUAACAGAUCCAUUGGUUUCAGUGAAGAAUGCUAGUCAGAAGUGAAGUUGUGUGUCUCGGCCACGGUGGCGUUCAUCAAGGCGUCUCACUAAGAAGUCUUAUGUUUUUUAGCUGCUGUUAGCUUAGCCGCCCUCUUUGUGUCGACAGCGCACGCCAUCAUCUGACGGAUGAAGAGCCUUCAGCUGUAACUCCUCCUCCUCCUCCUCCUCCAUCACCUUCCUCAUCAGACUUAUUUAGCUGCAUGUUUAAUUGAUCACAGCCAAUAUCAUCAUAGAGAAAAAGCGACAAAUUAAAAAGAAAAUAGAGAAUUGUCAUACUUAUCCUCUUAAUGAUUGAUUAUUGUUGUUAUUAUUAAUAAUAUAAGUUUGUUUUAUUUUAUUUUCUCGUUUGGGAUGAAAAAACUUUUUUUCUUGGAAUAAAAAGAGGAAAAUGUUUCUGAUAAAA